GAGUCAUAUGAGCAUUCGGGUAUCUACCGCAGUGAAGCGCAUUGGGUCAUCUCCAGGCAGGAUACGAGGAUCUUGUCACAGGUCUGGAGAGCGACUUCUUGUCAGACCUGCAAUUAUCUAGGUUGUUCUCAAGUGGGAGGUCACCUCUCUGCACUACAAGGGACCGUACAAGGUAACCUGCCCGGUGAACAUCCCUCAACCAAUGCUUGAAUCAUCGCACAAACAACCAUAGAGAUCUGGUGCGAAGCAGACGACAGUCAAACCCCAGAGAAAGUAACGCUUACCCAUCACUUCUGUGCUCCAUCAUGGCCGACUCUGAACUUGCAACAAGGGCUCCCGAAUCUGAUGCCAUGGAACCUCAAGUCGAACCCUCUGCAAUCUCAUCGGCAGAUUCAAAAGCCCAAACUGGUCCCAGUAUGGGGGAACACUGCGUAACAGACCGCCCGGCACCAGAUAGUCGUCAGCCGUCCGGCGAAAUGUCCAAGAUGGGUGACGUCGACGUCUACAUCUCCAAGCCGGCCGACUAUCCAAACACUCCAGCCAAUCUUCUCCUCCUCCUGACUUCUGGCACGGGUGUGCACUCGGUAAACAAUCAGAUUCAAGCAGACAUGUUCGCCGCCGAAGGGUUUGUUGUGAUCAUGCCCGACCAAUUCAACGGUGAUCCGGCACCGAGUUCCAACAAGACUACAGUGCUCACGUCUCCCACCUCUCCUGGGGAACCACCGCACAGUCCGGGCAUUCUCGAACGAAUAAAGCUCGGUGCCGCCGAGACGGCCAAAUCGUUCCUCGUGGAUAUGUGGCUAGCCCGCCAAACACCGGAGAAAGUUCUUCCCAUCUUAUUCAAGGUGAUCGAGACGUGCAAAGACGAAUAUGCGGAUGCUGUCGCCCAUGGACAAGGGAUCUAUAGCGUGGGAUACUGCUUUGGUGGAAAGUAUGUGAUUAUGCUAGCCGGCGAACAUCCUGACCCUCCUAUGCAAGGGCCAGGGGGGAAGGAUGAAGAAGAAGGGAUGAUCAAGAAGGAGCCGCUUAUUAAGGCGGGCGCUGCAGCGCAUGCGACCUUGGUGACGCGCGAGGACCUCAAGGCCAUCAAGGCGCCUCUGACAAUGGUUUGUGUCGAGAAUGACCCUCUAUUUCCCGACGAAGUGCUGGAAGUUGGUCGGAAACACCUUGCAGCAAGCCGCAUUGAGCAUGAGAUCAAGACAUACCCUGAGGUUCCGCAUGGAUUUGCGGUGUAUGGAGAUUACGAUUCGCCUGAGAUCAAAAGAGCCCAGGCAGCGGCAUUUCAACAAAUGCUGGACUGGCUGAAGUCGCACUGAUGCUUCUUUCCUGUUCAAGGAUGUUUGACGGCAAUAGAUAGCUCGUAUGAGCCAUAACGAUACCCAGGAAUCAAUAAUGAAAUCGGAAGGAUAACGUGGUCAGGGCGCCAGGAGAUUGUUUGAGUUGGUUUCAUUGUACCUCGCUCAAAUACUUCAGGGGCGCACUUUGCCCAGGACGCCUGAAUCAGUUCAGAACUGGUCUUUAUCAAGCAGAAACCGGAAGAUCCCGUUGUGC